AUGGUUCUUAACAUUUUUGCGGGGAUCAUGACCUCCUUUGAUAAUCCGGUCGAGGUCAGCAAACUACCAGUCUCACCCCUUCUGAUUCCUGCUGUCCUCCCAAAGGAAAAGGUUCCCCCAUUCCCCGAAUACAGAUGCAAGCAGAAAGAACAAUCCAUGCCUCCUUGUCUCAAGGUCUCCAUUUAUAUCUCUGGAUACCUCAGAAAAGAUGACAAGCAGUUCAGUGGGCCUCAGCACCAUACAAACUGGACUACCACAUAUGCUGGGAAGGGUGCUACCAGAAUUGUGCGGUGUACAGCUUGCACAGCUGAAUGCAGGCGGCUUGCAAAGGUCACUUCUAAAGCAGAAAAAGCUGAAGGAAAUAAAAGCAGGAAUUCUGGAACUUUCCCCACCAGGAAAUUGUGCAUCUUUGACAGUUUUGGAACCUUAAUUUUUGCAGUAUUUAUGGGAGUAUGGGUUACCCUGUUUUUGGAGUUUUGGAAGCGGCGUCAAGCAGAGCUGGAGUAUGAAUGGGACACUGUUGAGUUACAGCAGGAAGAACAACCCCGACCUGAGUAUGAAGCACGGUGUAAUCAUGUGGUGAUAAAUGAGAUUACUCAGGAAGAAGAACGUGUUCCCUUUACUGUCUGGGGAAAAUGUAUACGUGUAGCCCUUUGUGCCAGUGCUGUCUUAUUCUGGAUCCUAUUGAUCAUCGCUUCAGUCAUUGGAAUCAUUGUCUACAGGCUCUCAGUGUUCAUUGUAUUUUCCGCCCAACUUCCCAAGCACUUUAAUGGGACAGACCCAAUCCAGAGGUAUCUGACUCCACAGACAGCUACAUCCAUCACCGCCUCCAUCAUCAGCUUCAUCAUUAUCAUGAUUCUCAACGCCAUUUAUGAAAAAGUGGCCAUCAUGAUUACUAACUUUGAACUCCCAAGGACCCAGACUGAUUAUGAGAACAGCCUAACCAUGAAGAUGUUCUUAUUCCAGUUUGUCAACUACUACUCUUCAUGUUUCUACAUAGCUUUCUUUAAGGGCAAAUUUGUAGGUUAUCCAGGAGAUCCAGUUUAUUGGCUGGGAAAAUAUAGAAAUGAAGAGUGUGAUCCAGGUGGCUGUCUCCUUGAACUGACAACUCAGCUGACAAUAAUCAUGGGAGGAAAAGCAAUCUGGAAUAACAUACAAGAAGUGUUGCUUCCCUGGGUCAUGAAUCUACUUGGACGGUGUCGCACAGUUUCAGGAUCAGAAAAGAUAACCCCACGAUGGGAACAGGACUACCACCUGCAGCCCAUGGGCAAACUGGGAUUAUUUUAUGAAUAUCUUGAAAUGAUUAUUCAGUUUGGGUUCGUCACCUUAUUUGUGGCCUCUUUUCCACUGGCACCUCUGUUGGCUCUGGUGAACAAUAUAUUGGAAGUAAGAGUGGAUGCAUGGAAAAUGACUACCCAGUAUAGACGCAUGGUGCCAGAAAAAGCCCAAGACAUCGGAGCGUGGCAGCCCAUCAUGCAAGGAAUAGCAAUUCUGGCUGUGGUGACCAAUGCCAUGAUCAUCGCUUUCACUUCAGACAUGAUCCCCCGCCUGGUGUAUUACUGGGCCUUCUCUGUCCCUCCCUAUGGGGACCAUGAUCACUACACCAUGGACGGGUACAUCAACAAUACUCUCUCCAUCUUCAACGUCAUGGACUUCAAAAGCCAAAGCAGGGGAAAUUCAUCCUUGGGGCUUGACAACCAUACCACAUGCAGGUAUCGUGAUUUCCGGUAUCCUCCUGGACACCCACAAGAGUAUAAACACAACAUCUUCUACUGGCACGUGAUCGCAGCCAAGCUGGCUUUUAUCAUCGUCAUGGAGCAUGUCAUCUACUCUGUGAAAUUUUUCAUUUCGUAUGCAAUUCCAGAUGUAUCAAAAAGCACAAAGAGCAAGAUCAAGAGAGAAAAAUACCUAACCCAAAAACUUCUUCAUGAGAAUCACCUCAAAGAUGUGACAAAAAAUAUUGGGAUUUUAGCCGAGAAGGUGGGAGAAGUAGUAGAUAAGAAUUUACGACCAAAAGUAGAAUAAGAACUUCAUGUUCUGAGACGCACUUUAAAGAAUUUAGCUCUGUCAAAAUAUAUUAUGAAUCACUAAUAAGAAUGUUUUAAGUUAAAUCAUUUUGGCAAAUAUGAGUCUUAAUUAUUGCCACUUCAUGUAGAUUAUUUUUCAGUUUCAGCAUAAAGCUGGAACUGGAAAAUGUAAAACAGAUCAAGAAGGACAUAAAAUUUAUCACCUGAAAAACCUAAAAUGUUACUCUUCUUUUCAUAAUCAGUAUUUUAGUAACAGAAAAGUCUCUUAAUGUGCUUAAAACCAUCACUUCCUAAAGCAGAAUGAAUUCUCUCUUUUUCUCAGUUUGAAUCCUUUUUACUCUCUGUUCUCAGCCACACGAUCUCCUGUAGUUUUAGGCAGUGGUUCAUUUCUUCGCUUUGUCGGAUCUAUUCCAGAGUUGUCUUUCGCUUACAAUACCAUCAAAGACUAGACAUGCUACCACCUUAAUAGCUUCGGUAUAAUUAAAAAUAGCUAGCUCAGAAUUGAGUUUGAAUCCUCUGUUAGGUGGCAAAUACUCAAAAAUUCACCAUAUUUAGGUGCAUUAUUGUUCCUUCACAGAAAGGGAAACCUCAGUUAAUAAGAGGAAAUAGUUUCAGUCGGCAUUUUGGUCUAUCUUUCCAUCUCAAAUCAAUACUUUUAGUGGACUGGCAUGAAGACAGCAAGGUUUUGGAGCAUAUUUGUAAUAAUCCACAGUGACACCUUUUAUCUUCCAGGACCACUCCUAGAAUGUUUUGUGCCUAAUCAAUGUUGACUGCUUUGCAAACCUCAAAGGAAUAAGAUGACAAAAGUGGGGAAAGUUACAGAUUCAAAUAGAAUUCUAACUCAUGUUGACCAGGAUAAUUAAUUUACCUCUUUUACAGAUGUGGAGCUUCUUAGGGAAAAAAAAAAAAAAAUGAAAUCACGUGUUAAAAAGUACAU